GGGCCGAAGAUGGCCGAGUCCCCGGAGGAGGUGGCGGUGCUGGUGCAGCGGGUGGUGAAGGACCUUAACAACGCCUUCAAGCGGAACCCCCACAUAGAUGAAAUUGGGUUAAUACACUGUCCUGAAGCCAGGUAUAACCGAAGCCCUAUAGUCCUGGUAGAAAACAAGCUUGGUGUGGAAAGUUGGUGUGUCAAGCUUCUUUUGCCAUAUGUCCACAACAAACUCCUCCUCUAUAGACAAAGAAAGCAAUGGCUGAACAAAGAUGAAAGAAAAUACAAAAGGUGCUUGGUGCGAGAUGGUCUGCAAAAUUUUUCAGAAUUGAUAGAUAUCACGUGUACGUUGCUGCUACUAAACCCAGACUUCACCACUGCAUGGAAUGUAAGGAAAGAACUAAUAUUAUCUGGCACUUUAAGUCCAGUUAAGGAUUUACAUCUUGGAAAACUGGCAUUAACUAAGUUUCCGAAGAGUCCAGAAACAUGGAUUCACAGACGAUGGGUGCUGCAACAACUAAUUCAGGAAAACUCCUUGCCAACUCUUGUAACUAAAGGGAACUUGGGAACAGUGCCUGUGGAAAGAAUUCAACGAUUAGUGCAGGAGGAAAUGGAUGUCUGUUGUGAAGCUGCUGGGAGAUACCCAAGCAACUACAAUGCCUGGUCCCACCGUAUUUGGAUUUUACAGCAUUUGGGAAAGCUGGAUGUCAAGAUUCUCCUUGAUGAACUUUCUUCCACUAAACAUUGGGUGUCCAUGCAUGUUUCAGACCAUAGUGGAUUCCACUACCGUCAGUUCUUAAUAAAGUCCUUGAUUGGCAGAACUGUGACCGACAAUUCUAUACUGGUGCAAAAUCAGCUGGUAAAUGAGCCAAUCCCCAGUCUUCCAAAGGGUGAAAAAAAUGAAGCAUCUGAAGCUGCUUGUACAGAAGAACUGAGGGUAGAUCUCCCCAAUCUUCUAAAGGAAGAGUUGGAGCUCUGCACUGAUCUUAUUGAUACCUUCCCUGGACAUGAGACACUGUGGUGUCACAGACGGCACGUGUUCUACCUUCAGCACCAUUUAAACAACAAACUUCCUCUUCCAAAUGUACAGUUGACAUCUGUGGACAGCAGUGAUGGAACUUUGAAUAAUUCUCACCCCAGUACAGCAGUCAGUCAUGUGACUCAUGCCAUGGAUGUUGAUGGUUUAAAUGAUUCAAGCAAACAAGGCUAUACUCAAGAAACCAAACGCCUGAAGCGUGCCCCUAUACAGGACUCUCUUGGCUUGGAAAUGGAAUACAGGUUAAUUGAUAACAUUUUAGCAACUUGCAGAGACGUAGAGCAGGCCAGGUUUGCUACUGAAUACAGGAAAUGGCUAGUUACUUUUCUCGAUCAGUGAAGGAAGUUUACAACCUUCAGGUUCCUCUUUUAGUGCAAUAUUCUCUUAUCAAACACAUGUAUUUUUGGUUGCAAGUGUUGGCUACCCAUGUCCUUCUCACCUUUCUUUGUGGUCAGUGCUAAAAUUCAUAUACAAAGUAAUAAUAUUUCAUUUUGUUUAUUAAAAAAAUCUGGCAUAGCUUUUUAUUAAGCAAAUGUAGUUUGCUUUUUUCUUUAAUCCUUUUUUUAAAAAAUUACACCAUUUUUGCUUGUGGCAACUUCAUAUCAGACCAUUGUCCUGCUUAAACUUUUUUUUAUCUUUAUGAAUAUGGCCCUACCAAAUUCACACCUGUGAAAAACAUGUCACGGAUCAUGAGAUCUGGUCUUUUGUGUGCUUUUACCCUAUACUAUAGAGAUGUCACGGGGAGACCAGCGUUUCUCAAAUUGGGGGUCCGGACCCAAAAGGGCAUUGUAGGGGGAUCCCACGGUUAUUUUAGGGAGGUCAUAGUAUUGCCACCCUUACUUAUGCGCUGCCUUCAGAGCUGGGGGCUGGAAAGCAGCAGCUGUUGGCCGAGUGCCCAGCUCUGAAGGUAGCACCCUGCCAACAGCAGUGCAGAAGUAAGGGUGGCAAUACCAUACCAUGCAGUCCUUACUUCUGCGCUGCUGCCUUCAGAAAUGGACUCCUAGCCAGUAGCUGCUGCUCUCCAGCUGCUGAGCUCUGAAGGCAGUACCACUGCCAGCAGCAGCACAGAAAUAAGGGCAGCAGUACCACAAACCCCCGCCCCCGUCAUGGUUCCCUCCCCUCCCCACAACUCCUUUUUGGGUCAGGACCCCUACAAUUACAACACUGUGAAAUUUCAGAUUUAAUUAGUUGAAAUCAUGACAUUUACAAUUUUUAAAAUCCUAUGGCUGAAACUGACCAAAACAAACCAUGAAUUUUGUAGGGCCCUAACUAUGAGUUUAAAAUUAUUUUGAUCUAAGUGGAAUGUCUGGAAAACAAAUGGGUGGAUCUGUCACUGUAACAUGAACCACCUUCCAAAUUCUUCUUCUUCCAUAGUGAAUGCUGGUAAUGACUCUUAACCAAAAGCCGGUGGAGUCAGGUUUUUUCAAUAAGAAUUAUUUCUUCUGAAUUGCUAACUGCCUGUCAAAGAUCAGGCUGCAGUGUUUCUGCCUUCAGUUCCCCUUUCUUUGUUAUUUAUAAGGGCAAAUAUUACUACAGUACUGGAAUUGUGCUUUUUAUUAUUGUCUGCUGUAUUUUGUUUGCCUCACACAUCUGUUGUACAUGGUUGAUAUCAAAGCCUACUAAAUUGACUUUGUCAAGUCAGGUACUCAACUGUUGGAUGCAGGAAAAUGAACCAUGUUUCACAUGUGCAGUGAAAAGGUAUGGCUAAAGCUAAAUGCAGGAUUUGUUAGCAAAGUUUCUCUUAUGUCUUACUUUUUUUAUUUUUACCUCAAUAAGCCAGAGUUAGACACACUAUUUAAAUUUCUGAAUGUAUUAUGUACACUACAGAGUCCCACAAAGCCCACUAAAACGCACAUUUUAAAAAGCUAUAGAAAAACUAAGAACAUAUGAGUAUCUUAGAUGAUGGGAUAAAAAGGAGUUACGCUGACAGUUUUAGUAGUGUUUAAAAUGUUCAGGGUCUCUUCCCCUCCAUGCUUGUGCGUUGCUUCCUCCCAUUAAGCAGGGCAUCAAUUUCGUUUUUCUUCUCUGUCAGUGGACAUUUUCCCAUCCAACACCUCAACUGUAUGUGUGCUGGAAGGACAAUUUAUACAGUUUCAGGGUAGUUUUGAAUGUGACUUUUUCCUUUUGGCUACCAAUGCAUGUAUGUAUAAAUAUUUGUACUGGCAUUUUCUCGUUUUACUCUACAUGAGGGACUUGCAGUGUAGCUAUAUCAGUGUAAUCAUGCCAGCGUGAAGCCUCAUGUAGAAGCAUUGUGCCAGUAUAAAGCGAAUCUUGCACUAAGGCAAUUUUUUACCCCUAUUUCAAACAGAACAGACCAGUUAAGAGGAUCCAGAGCUUCAAGAGAGAUCCUUUGCCACAAUCCCUGUGUGUGUUUGUCUUGUCUUGCAUCAAGUGCUUCCCUAACGUGAUCAGUAUCCUGCUGCUGCUCUUGUUGCUCAGAGAAUACUGUAGUAGUAGAAAAGCACUAGAAAGACACAGGAUUCCUGUGGUCCCACAUCUCUUUUGAGUCUCCCAUCAUUGGAGUUACUCUUGCAUGUUGAAGGGAAAAUAGAUCUCUUGUAUGGUAUGUUUGGCUUUAGCAAUGUGGUGGAAUUUAAUGAUCUUCUGAGAAAAGGGCAACCAAUAGGUCAUUCAGGAAACAGCAAGCAUAGCUUAAACAAGGUCUCUAAAUGUAAACUCCAGGAUUUCUAACUCUGCAGAGAUUGCUGUCUCCUAUGACUUGAAGCUUCUGCUCAUAGAUACUCUGUGGCUACAAUGAGUUCAUAGAGACAUUUCAAAUUGUACGUACUUCUUGGUGACUGCUGGGUGCCCAAAAAGUGUGACACCGCCUACCACUGUAGUUUAUUACAGAUUAUAUUGUUAAUCCUAAAAUUACGUUUAAAGUAAUUAAUUUUUGUCUUUCAGUUUUAUCUUUUCACAGAUUACAUGUUUAAUAGAAAGGUAUUGGAGGGCGAAAAGUAAGGAGAAUUUGUGCCUUGUGAAGUAGAAAAUGAUUAUUUGGGGGGUGGGUGGGAAGAAAGCAGUCUUCUGCUUGUACCAUAGUGUAAAAUUUUGGGGAGGGAGGGGGAAGAGACUGUCAAGGGUGGGUGAUAAAACAUGAGUUGAAAUCCGUUAUAAAUUUCUGUUGGACUGAAGUCUCGGUUAGCUCCCUAGAGCUAUAUAGUAGAAAUAUUCUGAUACUGAAUUUGACAGCCCAUCCAUCAUCAUAAAUACUUAAGGCCAAACUCUGUCCUCUGAUACUUGUGCGCAACUCCUUUUUGAUGUCACUGGGAAUUAUCCAUAUGUAUAUGAAGACAGAAUUGGUCCUUAUAGAACUAUAUGUAUUUUCAUACUUUAAAGGUGCUCCAAUAGGUCUUGGUGUAAAGCGUUGUUGUUGGUUGUGUGGUGGGUUUUUUUGUUUUUGUUUUGUUUUUUAAAAAAAAGCUUUAAAGGGUCACUGACAACUCAAAUUGUAGAUUUUUUUUUAAACUUUUUUUUUUUUUUUCAGGAAGUGUAAGUCUGUUGAAAAUAUUUCCAUGACUGCUUUACAUUAGUGAACAAAAUAACCAUUUAUUGCAGGUUUGCAGUACACAAAUCCUUGCAGUACUGAGGACCCAACAUUGGGUGCGUGGCGGGGAGGAAACUAUAAGAAAAAGUGAAAUUGACUUCAAUGAAUUACUUUUUUUUCAAGCUGAAAGAAAUCUAAAAGCUAAACCAACAGCAUCACUAGUGAAAAGAAAAUACAUUUUUAAAAAUUAUUUUCAUCUUAAAAAUCUAGAGUGGUGUUAGAAACCUAGGAAAGGAAAUGUAUUCACUUUAAUAAUAUUUGUUUAAAAUGUCAGUGCCCCAUAGCCUUUUAUCCGAAGCAAUUAAAAUAAUUCCUUAGGCGUAUAUUUUCAGAUUUAGAAUUGGGUGAUGUCUUGUAGCCAUGAACUUUUACAAACAUGGCCACUUAAUUGAAUUUGACUGGUUUCUCUAAAGUCCUAAUUGGGGGAAGGAGAAAUACAAUAAAUAGCAGUAACAAUUAUUAGACUUCAGGCCAUUGGUAAUUAACAUACAUAAAAGUUACUGAGCACAGCUCCUAGGUAUUAAGUAACACUGUAUUCAGCAUUUACUGUGUCAUAGGCCAGAAUAUUUUAACUCCAUAAUUAAAUGAAGGGUUUGCUGGGUAAAACACUUGACUGCAGCCAUGCAGCACCAAACACUUACUCAUUUUUGUGACUUUUUUUUUUUGAAAGGUAAUACAGAUAUAAAUAUGGCUUUAUCCAGCACUAAACUGUCAGUCCUUUUUAAGUUUCAGUAGCUGUUAAUUGUGUACUUUGUUAUAUUGUAUGGCAUUUACAUUGGUGCAAACCUUUUUUUAUGCACUAGCUCAGUCUUAUAGCAACAUCUUUGCACUGGAAAUUUAAUUGAAGGCUUUGAGAAAUGAAUGUCAUUUGGAACUCUAAAUGUGGUUAAUUGUAUUUUCAAUCAAGUCAAAAUGAGCAAUCACCUUCUCAAAUAAUGUGUAAUGUUCUCUGCUGUGUUGUGCAUUACCUAGGAUUGCAUCAGCAAUUGGUUUUGCUGGUGGUGUAAUCAGUAGGGCAAAACAUACUGAUGACUGUAGUGAUGGAUGACUACAGUGCUUGGCUGAAUGCUUAUAGUCUUAGAAAUAUUUUCAUUGUUUUAAUAGGGACAAUUGAAUUGUCAGUCCAAUAAGUAAUUUAUUACUAGUUGUAUAGUUACCUUAUAUAGCAGUGGCUUGUCAAAUAAAAGGGCAUAGUGAAGAAUACAGUAAGAAAGUUUUGGAUUCUGUUUUUUUUCAACUGAAACUAGCUAAAGCAUUACAGUGUUUUGUGUUAGAAAUUUAUGCAUGGGGUAGUUUUUCAUUCUUCACCUUAAAGAUUAAUUAAAUUACCUACUUUAAACAGUACUGUAUAAUCUUGACAACCAGAAUCAUAGUCUUGAAGAGGCCUUGUCUACACAAUCAAAUCUCUUAAUGUGUAUUUUAAAAAUGAACAAAAUACAGCAAUUGCAGAAUAAUUUAACAUUUGGGCUACAGGGAUUUCAUGAUCAAACUUCUGGACAAGGCUUUCUUUCCCCUCUUUAUAAGCCUGUAGUGCUGCUUCCACAUUACAGAAGUGAUACUGAGCUUUAUGUCCUUUAUACUAUAAUUUAAAAAAUAAACUGUCAGACUCAAAUCUUCUACAGCAAUAGUUUCCAAACUUUUUGUAUAGGUGACCCCUUCAUACAGCAAGCCUUGGGUUUUGACCCCCUCCCUUAUAAAUUAAAAAUGGUGGGGGGGGGAACUUAAUUUAUUGAGGGCUCAGAGCGCUCAUCUUCAUAGAGCUGACAGCUCAGGAUCCCCUUGCGACCCCCUGUGGGGUGAGAACCCCUGUUCUACAGAGAUCUUGAGAUCAAUGGAGUGAAAGGUAUAUGCGAUUAGCAUGUUUGCUGUUUUCUCCUCUAUAUGAUGUUGUUUCCUUACAACUAAGUCUUAUCAGCUUUGACGUUAAAUAUAAAAAAAAACCCAUCAUUUUCAAAUGCUCUUAAAUUGCAGUUUAGUAACAAAAGAAGGCCAUUGUAUUCUUUAUAGUGUUUUUCUUUCUCUUUCCCAUUGUGCUCAGACAGUGGUUCAUUCUGAGCUGCUUGUCUCCUUUUUCCCCAACUAACAAAGAAUGUAAUGAAACUAUGGGGAGGUGGCCUCAUUUAACAUAAGGAUAACUUUGACUACCUCCCAAAAAUGCUCUGAUCGUGCCCUUAAGUGGAGUUCAUCAGGCUCAUUCACAAUCUCAGGCUAAACCCAGAUCCUCAUUUCAGAAGUGAAAAGCAAAAGCUUUAUCUGUUAGGCCAUUUAGUUUCCCUUGGGGGGGGCCUGUGUUGUGUUUUUUUUUUUUUAACUAAACAAAUCUAGAGGAAAUGAAAUAAAAAUUCAAGUAGUUUUUAUAGUUGGAAAACUAUAUAAUUUGCAUAGACUCUCAUCAAUUAUUUCCUCUGACAGAGCAUUGUAUUGCAGUGAAAUGAAAGAAAAUAGUGCUUCUAAGAAAAUUCUUUGUAGUCAGUUUAUGCUUUCAAAAUGUUAAUAUGAUCAGUGAUUAUAAACCUGAUACUUCCUUGUGGCUUUUACUUAGUAUGUAACGUUACUUCUCAGGGCAUAGAUUAUUUUCGUGAAUUAGGGUAAAUUUUUUACAGUUUAUAGUCAAUGGUUUUUAAAAAAAAGCAUAAGUGAUAAACAUAACUGGCUCUUAACAUUUUUAGUCUAGAAUAGUAUUGUGUAUAUAGUCACUAGCUAAAACGGUAGCAAGCUAUCUGCUUUAGGCCUGCCUUUCCCAUUUGCCCCCAAUGCUCAUUUUCUGUACACAAACUUUACUCUGUAUCUUAAAUUGCUAUAGUGAUUUAUCAGGAAACUAGGGACCUGAUCCUGAAAGUUGCUGGGUACCUCCUGUGUAGCUCCCAAGUAUGCUCAUGUCCCAUUGAUGUGAAUGGGAGCUGAACGCACUCAGCACCUCCCAGGGUCAGGCUUUAGAAAACCAGGGGAAAUGUAUUUUGUAUCUGUUUACGUAUUAUAUAUUUUGACUUUUUUCUAAACCCUGCUUUGACUCUGAACACUAGAAUCAAACCUGUUUCAUGAGGCAGAAGAGUUUUAUCUAUCAGUGAGCGUAUGUUUAGGUACCAUACAGCUUGACUAUAGAGCAGAACUCGUAACUGAAAAUUUUUCAAGCAUUCUUAUCUGUACUGUAUAGAACCUGCUCAUAAUUCUAGUAAAUAGAUGGUUUUAAAAACGCUAACAUAUCUGUAUGUUGUGCACAUUGAAUUUUCUGAAUAGAAUAUGAUUAUGGUGAGGCAAGGUAGGUUUUCUUGGAAGACCGUUAGCAGUUCACAUGAGAGAUUAAUGUUAAUGCUUAGAUACUACAGAUUGGUUUCCUAUACAGAUGCAUUAUGAAUGGAUAAAUAUAUAGUAUAGAUUCUCAUUGUCUAGUAUUGCAAGUGUCAUAAGUGAUAUAAAAUAUCAGAAGAAAAUGCUUCUUACAAAGCAAACUAUACAAACUGUGAUCAUUCCCAUUUGUUCAGGUUAUUACUUUGUGAAGUGGCUACAUGUAAUGCAGUGUUCCCAUUUUGUAACAGUGUGCUUGGGAAUGUUGAAAAAUGGGAGAGUGGUUUUAGGUAGCAUGGGGAUCCAUGGUACUGCAAAUAUGUAGGUCAGUAUUGUAUUACCUGUGUGAACCACUGUAUAAUUUUAUAAAGCCAUCACUUUGAUCUCUCAAAAUUUUAACCUAAUUAGGGGAGAUAUACAGGAGGAAAAUUGACUUUUAUGGCUGUCAUAUCGUUAGAAAAAAAUACUGUUCUUUUAUGUAAGCAACUUUUAGCCAAAAGAUUGCAUUUUAUUAGAAACUUUCAUAUUUGUUGGAUAUACAACUAUCAUUUUCAUAAAUAGUCUGCAAAUUGAUUGAUUGGUGCAGAUAAAUUAGAUUGAAAAUACAGUUGAUGGCAAUAGGGAUAAUAUGGUGACAAAACAGUAUAAAUAGUAUGAAGGUGGGAAUAAAACAAUGAGCAUAAAUUGUCGGUGUUGUACAAAAUAAAUGUAAUAAAAGGGUAAGCGCUGGAGGAAAAAUUACUUCUUUAUGAGAUAAAUUCCUUUAAGAGAAUACUACUGUAGGUCAGUAAAGACAGAAAUUCCUUGAACACAAUCAGAAAUAAGAAGCCAGUUAUGAAUAAAUAAUCCAUGAUAUGUGCACUACAAUAACUAGGAAGAGAAGGCUGUUGCGCCCUGUAUAAUCCCUUCUUGUAAUAAAGGGACAAACUCUCCCACAUUUGGGUUAUUCUUGGAUAAGGUACUUGAGGCUUCGUGAAUGGCAGUUCUGUAAGGGGGCUGUUUGCUGCCCUGUAGAAGAAACUGCAGGUUACACUACACCACUCCUUAACCAGUGAAUAUUCCAAGAUCUCUGCCAACUUCAGGGAUUGCUGAAGGUAAAAGGCAUUCUCAGAGAUUCAGUGGCAAAAGAAGGCUGUCCAGCCCAUCUCCCUUCCGCAGGCCCUGAACAGCACAGCUUCUACAGGAGCUAUGUUUCCAAGUGCAUUGCCAACCUUGGAGGCCCUGAGAGACUAUUCCAAACUGUCAAGUGGGGGCAAAGAGCAUAAAUUACUGCAUACUGGGCUCUGAGGUUUGGAUGGGAGAAUCUUGUGGUCUUUGGCGAGCCUCCCCCAUCUAUUGACCUGGAAUCCCAAAGAGCACACUUGGAGAGCAUUCCAAGAGAGGCAUGUUGUGAAUGAGGUGCUUCAUGAUCUGUGGAUACAAACUCUCUUGCAUACUCCUCUCUGCUUCCUCUUGUGGAGGAAAGGCAACUAAGUAGUUAUAGUGAGUGAUUGAAUACAAUCAUGAAACAGUAUCUUUGGGUGUUGUACUUCCUAGUUUUUGGUAUUUCCCAAUAGAUGCUUUUUUUAAAAAAAAUCACAUUGGACAAGAUUUUCAAAAGUGUCAAUGAUCUUGGAUGCUUCCAUUUUUAGGUACUGAGCUUGAGAACUUUUUUUGAAAGGGCCUGGUUUUAAGAACACCUUCUGAAAAUCUGUUUGGAGACUUUCCACCCUUGGCUGCUGAAAAGGGAGACUGGGAGGAUCUGAAAGAAAUUGUAAAUGUAUAAGUGCAGUGUUGGUGCACAUAACUUUCAGCUUCAUUAUUAAACUUGGGGCCCUUUUAAGAGUUAGUAAUAACUGGAUAAAAGCAAUAUUAGGCCUGAUCCUGCAAAACUUCACUCGUGUAUACGAGUGGCAGGAUCUGGCCCUUAAUCUGCUACUGCAGAUGGGGCCUGUUCCUGCUCCUGUUUUAAAGCCAAUGGCAAAACUCCCUUUGACUUUAAUGGUGCAGGGUUGGGCCCAUACUGGAGAUGAAAGAUGAUAAACCACUACCUGAUAGUUUGACAGUAAAAUGUUUAGUAUGAUGAAUUAUGAAUGGCUCUGCUGUCUUAAGUGAACUGUUUUAUGCAUAAUAGUAAACCAGGCUCUCGUGGAAAACAAUAUUGUUACUGAUGUGGUAUUUAUUAGUUUGUAUCAUCCUUAAGGAAAAAAAUUAAGGUUGCUAGCUCUUAUUGGUCUUAAAAGACAACUGGAGAGGGAUUGGGGGUACUGCAAGCUUCCUGUAUGCAACAGCUGUAGAAGCAACUGAAUUUUGUUUGUUUUUAAUAGCAGAGAAAGGGUUUUUGACAAUUGGCCUGGGAUUGCUAGGAGGGAAAGGGGAGUCAUUUAAAAAUCUGAGUUAAAAACAGUAAUAAGGAUCUUUAGGACAGUAGUUGCUAGUUUUAUCUGGCAACGUGCCAGCCUUCUUCCUUAGGGAUACUCUGAUAUCAUGUUCUGCUGCUAGACAUACAGUAGAGUUCACUGUGGACAUCAGUGUUAAGAAACUGAAAUGUGGUGGGAAGGAUUUCAUAUAGUGUAUGCAUGUGUGUGAAUCAUAGAGUAAGAUGCAUACAAGUCUUAAAUCUAGUUUUAAGACCGUAUUAUUGAUGGACUGCAUAAAGCUUUGACAUCCGAGUUCAAUGUUAAAUGCAUGCUGUGGGAAGUUGGAUGUAUAGAGGGUCCUGGGCAUUAGAUACCUUUGAUUUUAUCUUGGCUGCUGGGGAUUUUAGCAAAUGUUGAUUAA